AUGAGGGCCUUCCCAGCGGUCCCUUAAGCAGGCAGGCAGCCGCCCUCUCCAUCACAGCCUUUAUCUCCUUGGAAGCUGCAGGGCCAGACGGAUCCAAAAGCACCUAAAAGGAUGUCCAUUCAUGGGAUUGGGCCAUUCCCUCUCCUUCCUCCCCAGAACCCCAUGAGGCUCCUGGCUUUCCUGAGUCUGCUGGCCCUGGUGCUGCAUGAGGCGGGAACAGCUUGGCUCCCAGGGGAGAUGAAAGGGGAAGAGUGGAGCCCAGAGGAAGGUGAUGCUCACGCAUUUCUACAUGUGGGAAACUAUGACCUGGACCUAGAGGACUACGGUGAAGUCAUUGACCUGAGCAGCUAUGAGGGACCUGCCGACUAUGGGGACCAGAUCCUUGAGGUUAGGGAGGACAGCCUGACUCUUCCAACAAGAGCUAGCCCCUCCCAGAGCACUGUGGCUCCAAAGACAUCAUCAUCAUCAUCAUCAAACCUCACAAUGACUGGGCCUACCACCAGUGGCCUACCGAACUCCCAGAGCCGCCAUGGUCUGCCUACCUGCCUGGUCUGCGUGUGCCUUGGCUGCUCCGUGUACUGUGAUGAUGCAGAUCUGGAGAACGUCCCUCCCCUUCCCCAGAUGACCACCUACCUGUACGCUCACUUCAACCACAUCAGCCACAUCCAGGCCGGAGACUUCAAAGGGCUGACAAAACUGAAGCGCAUUGACCUCUCCAGCAACUCCAUCUCCUCCAUCCACAAUGAUACCUUCCGCCUGCUGCCUGCCCUGCAGCAUCUGAUCCUCACAGACAACCAGCUGGCAACUCUGCCUGUGCUGCCCAGUGGCAUUGAGUUUCUGGACGUCCGCCUGAAUCGGCUGCAGAGCUCAGGGAUACAGCCUGAGGCCUUCGUGGCACUGGAGAAGCUUCAGUUUCUCUACCUGGCAGACAACCUGCUGGACUCCAUCCCUGGGCCCUUGCCGCUGAGCCUGCGUUCCCUGCACCUGCAGAACAACAUGAUCCACACCAUGGAAAGAGAUACUUUCUGUGACACCAGGGAACACAGACAGGAACACCGCCGGCAGCUAGAAGACAUCCGCCUGGACGGGAACCCGAUCAACCUGAGCCUUUUCCCAGAGGCCUAUUUCUGCCUGCCCAGGCUCCCUGUGGGCCGCUUCACCUAGACGCCCACAGCCCUCUCUUCCCAGGUACCAUGUGCAGAGGCUCAC